CGCGUACGACUUGUAUCCGACUUAAAAUUUUUAAUUGGACGUUAUUCAUCGGUCAAUAUGAUCACCCAACAUCAAUUUUUGUUACUUAUUCAUAUUUUAUACUGUGUUGCAAUUCAUGGCAUUUUAUUAGACGCAAACGAUGCCGAAACUUGCAAUUUACUAUGCAUAAAAUGUAACGGUUCCGCAGUAUUUGCAAACGGUCACUGUGAAUGCAAUUUUGUUGACGACAGUAACAAAGAAUGCAUACAGCAUAUACAAAAAGAAAUUCAAGCUGUCGAAUUGAAUAUGCUUUCUGAUGAUCUGACAGACGAGGAGCGAAAAAUACGUUCUGUUUUAAAAUACAGGCGUCGUCUCAGACCAGGAGAUGCCGAGAAAGUGGCACAGUAUUUUAUCAAUGGAGGACCAGAAGCUGGUCACUCUCAUUUUGUCAGGGUGUUCAAUGCAACUCGCGAUAGCAUCGAUUCUGCGACAAAUUCGUUUUCGGGAGUAGUUGACAAAAAAAAUUACACAUCGUACGUGAGUCCAACUAUGCAGGGAGUAGAUCUUUCGACCUUAGGGACAAAACCACCCUUUAUCUAUCCACCAACCGGAGUGUACGAUCCAACAACGGUUCCGUUGAACACAAUUUCUCAUCCACAUGGACUACCUCACGCUUUACUUAAAGCGGUCACAUUUCCCGCACACGUUUUGCACCGUAUACUACACCCUCGUGUGUACCAUCAUUAUCCUCUGCACCAUCGCGGUAUCAUCAGAAGUAGUAAUUUCCCACAGGACACAUCAGAUACAGAUCAAACUGUUGGUCAAUGUGAAAAUAAUGAUGGUUCCAAUACUUCCAACUUUCCUAUUGCCAGAAGUAAUGCAGAUAAACCUGAACAAAACGUUUUUGGAUUGAAUAAUCCAUUACAGUAUCCAGUAGCAUACAUCGCAGACGAAUUGUACCAACCAAUGCAAUAUCAGAAUUACCCAUAUCCAUACAAUUCUUAUUAUAAUCCUUUGAUAAAUAUGUUCCAUGCCGUACCUAAUGAAUAUCUUCUUCAAUCUAUGUCGCUAUAUCCGCAAGAUAAAUUAUCGAAUCCAUGGACUUCUGCGUCCAAUCCACAAUCUUUUUGCAAAAAUAAUAUAAAUACUGAACAGAAAAAUGAAGUUUUAUCUGCUGACAAAACCAAAUAUUCGAAUGAAAUGGAAAAAUCUGACGAUCCAACUAAAAACAACAUUCCUAACGAAGAAAAGAAAACAGUGAAAAACGGAAACGAUAAAUCAUAGGAUAAA